ACAGUGCGAGUGGAAUAGAGUGGGAGCGGGCUGCCUGCAGGUUGUGACACGAACAGCUGUACAGACUUCUAGACAAAAUCAGGAUGUGACAUCACUGACAGGAAAAAAGGCAGUUUGUUUAAUACAAACUUCCCAAAGCUCCGAGCUCACUGUGCCGUCAUGCAAUUACACCACAGCCGACAAUAACCCGCUCCCGAACCAUUGGACCCAGUUGGUUCCACCAGUUCCACACGUUCGGAAGUGCCUGCAGGACGGUUAAUUCUUUGAGAGUGAUUCUUCAUAUCAGCUUCUGGAGUCUGCUCUUUAUGCAGUGCUCUCUAAACCGUGAUGGCUCUAUGCCUUAACCAAGUGUUCAAUAAAGACAAAACGUUUCGUCCCAGGAAGAAGUUUGAACCAGGAACCCAACGCUUUGAGCUCUACAAGAAGGCCCAAGCCUCCCUGAAAUCUGGACUUGACCUUAAGACUGUGGUCCAGUUACCUCCAGGAGAAAAUAUAAAUGACUGGAUAGCUGUGCAUGUGGUGGACUUUUUCAAUAGGAUUAACUUGAUUUAUGGCACCAUGUCUGAGUUUUGCACAGAGAGGAGCUGCCCUAUUAUGUGUGGUGGUCUAAAGUAUGAAUACAGGUGGCAGGAUGAUAACAAGUACAAGCGGCCUACUAAGGUCUCUGCUCCACUCUAUAUGAACAUGCUAAUGGAAUGGAUUGAAACAUUAAUAAAUAAUGAGGAUAUCUUCCCAACCAGAAUGGGUGUUCCCUUUCCAAAGAACUUCCAACAGGUUUGCAACAAGAUACUCACCAGGCUCUUCAGAGUUUUUGUUCAUGUUUAUAUUCAUCAUUUUGAUGCCAUCAUCAGUGUGGGAGCUGAAGCUCAUGUCAAUACCUGCUACAAGCACUUCUAUUAUUUCAUCACAGAAUUUAGCUUGGUUGACCACCGGGAGCUUGAACCACUGAAAGAAAUGACUGAGAGAAUCUGCCACUAAACCCGGAGCCAAGAUACUUUGGUUACUAUAUAUAUAUAUAUAUAUAUAUAUAUAUAUAUAUAUAUAUAUAUAUAUAUUAAUAUUCACAGUGCGGGCUGGAAGAUGGAGCCUUAGAAUGUCUGUUCCAAGAAAUGUGAAUCUGUUUUUUAUACAACGACAAGCUAAAGCUUUUUUAUAAUCCUUUUUUUAACAAGGAUAACCCAAUUUAUUUAUUUAUUCAAUUUUCCACCCACAAGCACACUUUUAUUUCAGUUAUUAUAGCAUCACAUCAGUAUUUUAUAUACUACAGACUCAAGGAAACUAGACUAUUUUUGAUGCAUGACUGAAACAAAACAUUUCUAAAAGACCUAUAUAUUAGGUUGUAUGAUAACACAAAUGCACAAAAAUGACUGCUUGUGACAAGAUCUUUCACGCUCACCAAAGCACCGAUGGAUACAAGUACUGUCAAAAUACUUUCUGGUAGUAAAAAUAUUACUGCCACAGGAUAUACAAGUGAAUAAACCAUGCACAAGGUAGUUAUCAAACAAACUUUUAUUGCCAACAUUACAGUAUCCAGUUAAAAAUGAAUCAUAUGUUUGUUUCUUUGCUUUUCUAUGGGUGCAGUCACUUUUUAUAAACUGUCAAGAAAGCCCACCUGCCCACCAGCACAAAGGGUCCCAACAUCAGUCCUUUUUACUGCAGUAAAAGAAAUUCUAUCUGAGAAGAAACCUUCGGCCACAUUUUAUUUAAGCAUGCACCUGUAAGCCAGCAAGAGUUAAAACAGCAGUUUGUAUAUUGUUGAUCCUAUUAACCUUUUUUCUUACAUAUUACACUUUCUUUUUUGCUUACAUAUUUUGCAAGGAGAAAGUAGGUAUCGGCAUUAGUGUGUGUUUUGGUUGCAGCAGGUGAGGAACAUAUAUAUGUGUAUGUAUGUAUAUAUAUAUAUAUAUAUAUAUAUAUGAAAAAUAUAAAUAGAUGCCGCACUCACAGGUCUUAGUGAAAGAAUAAAAAUGUUUUUAUUGUGUCAAACGAACGUUUUGGCUGUCUCCAAAGCCUUUCUCUAAGUGAACAAACAAUACAGCAAACCCACUCAUAAACCCAAAAUGGCGCCAAAUUUCAGCUGAUGACGUCAUAGACAGUGUAAUUAGUGAUUACCCACCCACCGUGCACUAAGCAAUACAAGAAGAUACACAUGAUUGGAGAAAAAAUAUUAGUAAUCCAGAAAAGGAAUAUACAAGGAGAAAAUAGAUUAUGUGCAGAAAGAUAUAGAAGUAGUAAGAAGAAAUAACGAAAGGAACCACCUGUUAUAGCUGAACUGCAACUCCCACACUCACUUGCAAACUUCAUUAGUAUGUGGAGACUCAAAAAAAAAAAAAAAUUUUAUUCUUUCACUAAGACCUG